CUACUGAGUCAUCCGCCGUCAUCGCUACUAAGUUUGUUCAGCGCCAGUUCGCGUGUACUGGUGGUCGCGCGCGGUCAAAUCCAGCGCCAACGAUACAGCUAUUUUCGUUCACAAACUGAUAAGCCCGGAAUCCAGUACCUCUCGAAGUAAAAAAGUUAAUCGAAUUCCAAAUUCAAAUUCGAAUCGUCCAAGAAAUCCUGACGGAUGACUGACGUGCUGUUUCGUUUGUUUUGUGACGGAGUAGGCGCCAUGGAGAGUUGUUACAAGUUGUACACAUGGAUCAACCACACACUACUCAUGCUGCUGCUGCAGGUCUUCUGGAAAAUCAGUCAAAUAUCGGACUUCUUCAAGCAAAAGUCCGUUGAAGAAAACAAAGAGUUUGCGUUCUCAUCCUUGACGAAGGAAUCGAAAUUGAGAAGGCACAUCCGCUCCAUGUCGGACGUCCAAAGCAGCACGCCCUACAGAAUCCCUUUUAGGUCAAAAAGGGGCUCGUGGACCCUCAGCUACGACUCCGACACGAGGACCAGAAGAAUACCCUUCAGACACAGAUACCAAGACUCCUCAGACUCCUCAGAAAGCUUCGACGCGCCCAAAAGAAGGAGCAUAGAGUACAAAAUCGUAAAACACUCGGAUUCCAUGAGAAUACUAUGAAUAUUGAUCUGUUACUGUUAGGCUUCUAGGUAGGACCUUUGCGGUGUAACAACUGGACCUUAUUGUCUACACUCUAUGGAGACUGGAAAAUAAUGUUCAAGUACACUAUUCCGUCCUUGAAUACAUUUUACCACUAGCGCCAUCUAGUUUUGUUAUUAGAAGACGACUGCUAUGAUGAGUAGUUAUUUAAAUAAGUAUCCUUUUUGUAAUUGAUAAUACUUAAUCUAAAUAACAAAUUUAUAGCUAUCCUGCGUCAAACGUAUUAUAGCAUUUGUAAUUAAACAAUAAAAUAUAUAGCCGAAACAAAAAAUAAAAUAACGUCAUGAUAUCCAGCAAUAUAGUAUUAUCAUUUAAAUUAUAGAUAAGUACUUUUUAACCGUCAUAAUUUUUGUUACAAUAAUAUUAUAAUCUUUGGAUUAGCUACAUUUGUCUUAUUGCUCGUAACUUUAAAAUACUUUUACAAAUAAGUAUAAUAAUAGAGUACCUAAUGUCAUAUACUUAGUUUGAUUUGAAUUAGCACGCAGCAAGUUAUAAAAAAUGUUAUUUUAAUAUUUAAAUAAGCAUAAAAAUAGUUAAGUACAUAAUAAUAUUAACACUAGAGGUCAGGCAGUAGUGCAGUAUCUCAAGCAACUUGUGUUGCUCGCCAUUUUAAUGUGUCGUACCUACCUACUUACCUACUAAUUAUUUUUAAUUUUUAGAUUGUACCUAAGUUAUAAACGCACCGAUAUGCCUUACUUAGAUGUGAUAUUCUGUUUAAGGCACUAAAUAUCUCAAAAGACGCUUGAAUCAAAGAUUCAUUAGUCGUAGAUAUUUAUCUAAGACUGUGAUUUAAUAGUUUUAAAUAACUUGAAUAUUAAACCUAUAACUGUUUAAAAAUAAGUGAAACGACUGCUGAAAAUUUUCCACAAGAUUUGAGAGCAUGGGCGUACCGAGGGGGGGGGUAGUCCCCCCCCCCUGGAUCAUGCUGUCCCUACUAAGUAGCUUCUCUAGUACUUUUAUCGAAAAUCUAGUAAUUUUUUAGAAAAAAUAUCUAGAUAUAAAAGAUAAGAGCUAUUCUUUCACAGAUUAAGACCCUCGAAAAUUACUUUUAAAAUAGACAAUGUAUACUUAUGGUAAAGAAAUAUAAAGAAAUUAUAUAAA